UCGGUGUACGGCGGCAGCGAAGGGUAAAAAGGCACGAGAAAAUACGCGUUUUGUAUUUACCUUUUUGUUCAUGUGUAAGGAUGCUGUAGAUAGCGAGCUGUGUAUGAGGAACGUGGACAAGGAAGGGAUAGGAAGGCGAAGACUGCCGAAGAGGACGGAAGGAAUGACUUGACAAGAUAACGUUAUAGGUGGUUAGCAAGCUAGCUACAUUAAUAAACGAUAUUUAAAACGCGCCAUCUGCUUAAUUAUCGGAAAUAUUUCUCAAGGGACAUUUUCAUGUAAUUCGCUAGCUACAAGUGCAUUGCAGAGAAAUACCAUAGCUACCAACAAAACAAAAAAUGGUAGCACGCUGGCUAGCCGGCUAGUUGCAAGUUUUAAAAGCUGGCGCUAGUUAACUGCUCAUUUUUCAGUAAAAUAAAAAUCUUGCACGUACAUUCUGAGCAUUAUAAAACGCGUUAUGAUUAAUAUGUAUGCAUGUUGCAACAAUUCACCCUGCAUCGUUCAAGCAACAUACUUCUGAAUCUGGAGGCCCGGAAUGGAGCCGGGGAACUUGCGUGAAAGUCCCGCCGGGUCCGGGGACUCGGAACCCGGCGAGUGGCGGGAGGAGACGCCCGGUGGAGAGGCGGAGGAGAGGGACGGGAAGGAUCGCGGAGGGGACCGGGGAAGCGCCGACACGAUUGAGAAUACGGACGGAGAAAGUGCGGAAAAUGGGAGCAUGGACAGCGUGAAGAAGGAGGAUGACAGAGAAGACAGUAAAUAUGAAGAAGAAUUAGACCCAAGGAUUCAGGAGGAGCUGGAGCACCUGAAUCAGGCGAGCGAGGAGAUCAACACGCUGGAGCUACAGCUGGAUGAAGCACGAUCCAGCUACAGGAGGAUCCUGACGGACUCAGCCCGCAAGCUCAACGCACAGGGGUCCCAGCUGGGGACAUGCAUCGAGAAGGCCAGGCCUUACUACGAGGCCCGCAGGCUGGCCAAAGAGGCGCAGCAGGAGACGCAGAAGGCCGCCCUCAGGUACGAGAGGGCCGUUUCCAUGCACACAGCCGCCAGGGAGAUGGUGUAUGUGGCAGAGCAGGGACUGAUGGCGGACAAGAACACGCUGGACCCCACCUGGCAGGAGAUGCUGAAUCACGCCACCUCCAAGGUGAACGAGGCGGAGGAGGAGCGUCUCCGCAGUGAGAGGGAGCACCAGCGGGUGACGCAGCAGUGCCAGGAGGCGGAGGCCCGGGUCCAAAACCUGCAGAAGGAGCUCAAGCGGGUCAUCAUCAAGUCCAAGCCCUACUUCGAGCUCAAGGCCCAGUUCAACCACAUCCUGGAGGAGCACAAGUCUAAAGUGGUGCAGCUGGAGGAGCGUGUGUCUAAGGUGAAGACUCGCUACUCAGUCGCCCUGCGCAACCUGGAGCAAAUCAGCGAGCAGAUCCACGCCCAGAGGGGGCGGAACGUGGCAGCGAGGGGGCCACCCAGAGCUUUCGGUGGGCGGAGUUCCCCUGUGGGGGCAGAGUCAGACUCUGGGGUGGGGGUGGAGGGGGGGGCUUGUGGGGGAGCAGGGCAGAAGGAGAGGGAGUGGGUGGACGGGGCGAACACCAGGCAGUGGGUGGAGAGACACAGACAGGCAGGCUGGGGGGAGAGGGAGAGGGCGGAGCCAGAGACGGGGUCAGACUCCAUGUCGGUGCUGAGCCUGAAGACCAUCGCGUCCGACCUGGAGAAGUGCGACUCGGUCGAGCACCUGGGGGAUCUGAGCGACGCGGUCAGUCUGUCAGGAGAGGAGAGCGAGAGGGGGGGAGGGGGGAGCAUGGCGAAUGGGGUCAGGGAGCAGAGCGGCACAAGCGCGGGGGAGAGGAAGCAGAGCUUCCAGAAGCAGCACCACAGGAGCGUCAGCUUGUGAGGGCUGGGGAGAGGAGAGAGUGAAACUGACGCGGAGUCUGAGGACGAGAGAAACACUAACACAGCUGUGCGAGAGACAGAGACACCACAGAGAGGCACUGACAUCCAGACUGAUACUACAUCACGGUCCCACUUCACAGAGAAACAAUGAGGCGGGAUACACCAUGUGUACACUACGUGUUACCAAGGAAACAACAGGGUGACUUAUACAUGUGAUGGGGGAUUCUGGGAAGUGUAUUUUUCUUCCUAUUGAUCUGACACUGCACUGCAAAGAGAGUGAGGAGGAGAGGAUUUAACAAUGCACAAGGAGCAAGGUGGAGGCCAGUAUAGCGCAAUAACAGAGUUUAGGAUAUGUAGAUGCAUGCAACAUGCUAAAAGUAGCAUCCCCACCUCUCACUGCAUCCUGAAUGUGGUACUUACAUGAAGACACUGCCCCAAUGAGAAAUGAUCAAAUUAUUAUGCAUAUAUAUAUAUAUAUAUAUAUAUAUAUAGACAGACAGACUCUUAAAGAUUACUCUUUAAGGGUGAAAUUAUUUUGGUUUGCUUUUGGUACCUUCACAAGUCAAAUGUAGCAUAAACAUACCCGAUGGCUAGACACAAGUGUGACGCGAAAAAAUUUCCUCGAGACUUGACGGUACAUUCUCAUUGGUAAGGUCUACCGUGCUGCAAUAAGCUGGAAGUAAUUACUUUUAAAUGAGUUCUGCAACCUGCCGCUAACACAUCUGCCAGCGUUGAUGUGAAGCCUUGGCUGUAUUUAAAAAAAAAAAAAAACACUUCGCAGCGAUGGUAACACAAACCGGCCAAUAAGGUGGUGAAGGGUGAAUUUAAUCAGCGUCAGUCAAAUAGAUUUGCACACUGUCAGCAUGGACAGGAUUCAAAUGUUAGCCAUCUUACAAUUUUUCAAUUUUUAAUUGUAGAUCUGCAACUGAUGUUUUUGGGGGGUUUUUUAGCUCAUUUCCUUCUACUUCAGGCAAAAAUGCACAUGCUUGUGUGAGGGAAUGUGUUAUAAGAAUUUGAAAGGAACAGUGCAUAUUUAGAUCUCACACUUUGGCCAACAAUGGACAUUUAGUAACUUUUGCUUGACCUUUGGGUCUUUCCCCUUCUAGUCGGACACAUGCUCCUCUGUAUUCACAAGCCCCUCUUGUUGCUUCCUUUGUCUUUACAUAAUUUGUGCUACAUCAUGACACGCCCCUUUUAUUGGCACACCCUUCAGUUCAGACACACCCCUUUUUCAGUCACACCCCCCUGGUGUGAACUGGCCAUUUUGCCCCUCAUUUAUUGAGAAGCACAGAAAUAGAAGUAAUUGAGAGGUAGUUAUAGAUUGAGCUUGUGUUAACCAAAUUUCUGGAAAAAUUUGUACAUUUUUUGUAAGUGCCUUGAGUUUGGAAAAAAAGGAAAAGACUAUAUAGCGUGAUAAAUUGGUGUGAAAAAUUUUACCUGAUAAAUAAUUUAUUGUACAAGUGCUUUGAUCCUGGCAACACAGCUUUCAACUUUAAUGUUAAAUUAAAUUUGGUGGAAAUUUCCCUGCAAAUAUUAUUUCUGGGGGAAAUCUCCCUGUCAUGGUAUAGAUUUGUUUUCUCAUAUCAGUUUUGAAAACCUUGCUUGCCGACACAGUGCGUUGCAUUUUUAAUCAUGCCCUCGCUGACUAAAACAGAGGUGUGACUACCUAUUUGUAACAGCAAAGGUCUGACACUUGCUGCAGAAGGUCUUGGUGUAUGUGUGUGUGUGUGUGUGUGUGUGUGUGUGUGUGUGUGUGUGUGUGUGUGUGUG